AUGCCCAUCUCCAUCACGAUGCGCCCGCCGGAGAGCUUCCGGGACAAAGAGAGCGAGCUGGCCAUGCGUAUCAAGCAGCCCUUCAAUGCUGCGGCAGUGGGUGAUCUCAUCCAGAUGAUGCCCUUUUCGAAUCGAAACGACCCGGACAUCCAAGCUCUCGUUGAGGUCAUGCAAAAGGCUGACAUCACGUUUGCCAACAACGAGAACACCGUCGUUGAUCGCCUCACUUUCCGUGGCCCCGUCUCCCACAUGGAGGCAGACAAGAGUGUGAUAGACGACUGGAAGAAUAUGGGUAUUGACAUGGUCACAAAGGCAAACAAUCACACCUUCGACAACGGGGACCCAGGUCUUGUACAGAACCUCGAACAACUCCGCCGCGUAGGAAUUGAAUACGUCGGAACGGAUUACAACACAGUCGAAGCCCGACUUGCCCGCUUCAAGACUACGCCCAAGGGUAUCGUAGGCUUCAUCGGUGCUUAUGCGGAAACCGAAGACUACUCUCAGCUGGUUGGCAUUCCUACGGGAAACACCGUGGUCGUAACGCCUGAACAGCUUGAGCAGGUGCGAGCAAUUCGCGACAGCAUAAUUGCCCGCCGAGACGAGGUUAGCAGACCGCUCGGCAUGCCAAAAGCUGACCCCGAAGGAUCUGUCCUCGUCUUUGGGCGGCAGUUCAGAGUGCAAACUGCCAGCGCGGAGGCAGACGAAGAAGUGACCGGCAUCAAGAAGCGCCUCGAUCACCACUUCGGUUCCAAGGGCAAAAUAGUGUACAAGAACAACUCUCUGCGCCUGAGAGUUUCCCACAGCGUCACGGCGGAGCAGAUGAAGCAGCUCAAAGUUAUCGCCGGUGUCGACCCCAACGACGGCUCCGAGACGCUGGACGCCUUUGAUGUUCACUUCAAGGUGGCCGAAAAGCCUGGAGAAUAUAGCUACGAGAUGGAGCCUCAAGAUCUCCGCGACAUUCUCCGCGAGGUCCGUUCUGGCAAGCAGUUUUCCGAUUUCCUCAGCGUCACCAUACACUGGCAUCAGAACCGCUUCUCCUUCCAGCACUACUCCUUCGACCACUAUCCAGCAGAUUUCCAGAUCAAGUUCGCGCGGCAAGUCAUCGAUCACGGCGCCGAUUUCUUCUUCGCCCACGGUGUGCACACGCUCAAGGGCGUGGAGAUAUACAAGGGGAAGCCAAUCUUCUACGGUAUCUCCAACUUUGUCUUCCAAAACUCCCAAUUCCGGUCCUGGCGCGACGAUGCCGCCUUUCGCGCUCCUACUCCUCUGGAAGGUCCUAUUAUUGGAGACGGCGAGAACAAUGAGGGCCGCUGGGCAUGGCUAGAUCUGCCGGAGAACAAGGAAGCUUUGCUGGUUUCAGCGGAUUAUCUUGAUGGAAAGCUGUCCCGAGUGCGUAUCUAUCCGGCCGACUUGGGGCGGACACCUCGCCCUGGCUCUAUGAUCGGAACUCCCACCAGGCCAACCGCUGAAGUCGCCAACGACAUUCUCGGGCGGCUCUGCGAGUACUCUCAGCCGUUUGGGACGAAGAUUAAGAUUGAAGACGGAGUGGGCGUGAUUGAUGUUACUGCUCAAUAG